AUGCGUUUGGGAAGUCAUCUUGGACAAGCUGUCAAUCAUCUACUUCGUAUUCGACAAAGAAAAGCCGAAUUAAUUGCUUAUAGAAGACUUAAAAGAUUAAAUGAUGCACUGAUAAAAUCUGAAGUAUACAGAGAAAUAACUGAGCCGGCGACAAGAUUUGAGAAACUUAAAGCUAGAAGGUUACCUCAAGAUUUUGUAUUGGACGGAGAGCAGUUCGGGGACCCUAUCUACAAUAACGCUCUUGAAAUUCUUCGCGCUGUCCUUACCAGUUAUCCCGUUGACUACCGAUUUCGUGUGAAUAGCAUUUGUUGCGAUUCCAAAGCAGGACCAGUUGAACAUAUGCGGACUUUUUACGAACUAGCUUUAUCAUUUAUUGAUAUAGAAUUACCUGUGUUAAAUUGCUUCCCAUUACGCCGUUCUUGGAUUCCUUGCUACACAACCAUCGAAGAAACUAUUCAAACGGAUGGAGUAGGUGUAACUGUGAUCAAGAAAAGAUUGGAUCGUGAAAGCAGAUAUACUGCUCGUUUUGCUGUUAUGGUUGAAUCAAUUCAGUACAUUUCACAAGAGAUUGCUCAAGAAACUGUUGGAAGAUGUGUUACAAUUGAUCCGGGACGAAGAGAUUUGCUAUUCUGCGUGCAUGAAAACUCAACGGCAAACAAUUCGAACAAGUUUCAAUUUACCAAAAAGUACCAAGACAAGUUUGAAAAGAUCAAAAAAUACGGUAGAAUCCGUGAAGCAGUGGAACCGGCUAGAGUAGGAGCCCCUGAUAGGCUUUUGAUGAAUUUGAACAGUAUCUUGAAAACAGGUCCAAUACGACAGGCAUCAUCCAAAGGCACUAAGUCAACUUCCGAACCAACCAUCGUACUACUCAUCCCUUGCACAGAACAUUGCGGCUAUCUGCCUAUGUAUGAACACAAUAAACAGUUUGGUCUCGAAGCCGUUUAUGUUAUGUGUAACUGGUCAUCUUCUAUUACAGGAUUCUAUGAGCGGUCCGAGGCCUUGGAUUCCGUCGGUUGCUUCAAAAAGCUGGAAAAAGCAAGUCAGUACCGCCCAGCUUGUGAACGUAAAAGUCUUGAAACGUGUCGGAUGGCCGAUAACCUGCGCCCUCAUAGACGAAGAAAAAAUCCUCGUGGAAUCAGCUAUGGCCUCUUAAGAGCUAUGACUGAUAACACAAAUAUAAUUGUUCCUCGUCUGUGGAAUCUUGAUAAGGAGCCUUGCUUGAACAUAGUUGAUAUUUUUCGGUCACUUCGGACUGGAAAUGGCAUUCGCCCAAGAUUUCGACGUGUAUAG